GGACACCGUGACGAUUUGAAGUUAAAAAGUUUUGCCUCUGGCUUUGAUUUACGCGAUUUCGUGGGUAUGGCGAGGAGGAUUAGAGGGUGCUUUCGGUCAUAUGUUCCAGCCGUGAAAUGUUAGGAAAACAGCCAGCGCCGGAGGAUAGAAGGACAUGGGAGGGUGGCUGAUUUUCGAUCUUCUCAGGAAGAAGUGUGGCAUCCGAUGGCAGGUCGUGUAAUGUCCGCUCACAAAGGUUUUAUAAGGACCCCCCCAUCUUGGCUUCGUCCGUUGCGCUACCCUUGUCGUCCCCUUCCCUUCUUACCCUUGCCCAUCCCUCCUGCCCUCCUCCCUUCACCACCCCGUCUCUAAUCUGGAUCUACCAUGGUUAGCUGGAAAUCCUCUGAAGAAGUCACCAAUGACGGUGUGGCCUUUUCACGCUUCAUGCAUACACUAUUGGGCGUCUACAUAUGGGAGUGGUUCACGUCUCUGCCGUUCGACUGGCAGUUCAUCUCGGGCAAAAAGCCGUUUCGGUGGCCCUUGAUCUUCUACUUUUUGAACCGUUACUUCCUCCUCAUCGCCCUUAUUGGAAUCACCGUCGCACUAAAUGUCACAAAGCCGAUAGAUUGUCAAGCACUGUAUACAUUCAACCAGGUCUUUGGGAAUGCUGCGAUUGGACUUGCAUCGAUUAAUCUUUCUCUUCGGACAAUGGCCGUGUGGUCGCGUAACUUUUGGGUUGUAAUCCUGCUCGUCGCGAUUAUCAUGGGCCACUGGUCCCUGCUCCUUCACGGUAUACUUUUGAAAGCUGAAUGGACCGGUGUGGGCGGCUGUGCCAUCACUUCGACAGACACCAAGAUCUUGGCUGUUACUUUCAUUUACUCGAUGGGUUUUGAUUUCUUGGUUCUCAUGUUGACGGGCUAUAAGCUGGUCUUCCGCGCUCCUAGCGCUGCCCGAGUUGGCCGCUCUAUGCUAGUUACGCUGAUUUUCGGCGACGGCUUGAUCUACUUCGUGAUCGCUUUCCUCGCCAAUCUACUUGCUACAAUUUUUAUGUUACUCAACCUCAAUGCUGUCAUGUCUAUUAUAGCCAAUGUUCCUGCAGCUAUUGCAUCAACUAUCGUAGCCUGCCGUGCGGUUCGCCGUUUAAGUAAAUAUACGUCAGAAGGCCCAGAUUUCUUGGGCACGACCGUGGCUUCAACGCUUGCCUUCCGUACAAUGACAGCGUCAACGGCACCGCCGAAGCGUCCGAAAGUGGCCACUAAUGGCCUUAGUGCUGUUGACGGUGUCCAUGUACAGAUGGAGACCUUUGAAUCUCCAGGAGGCUUCGUUGAAUACGAUGCCAUGGGUAAUGCCAUUAAAGGAUCACCCGACAGUAUGUUCGAUCAUGACCUAGAGGCUCAACAUAUUCGCGACGAGUUUAAAAGGCCUCCAUACUAAAUGGGCAUGCCUUUGAAUUUCUUGUGCACUUCUUGUUAUCGCACCCACGCUCGUUUUGCAUUCGUUACUGGAAUCCAAACCUCUCUGUGCUUCUCUGCUGUAGCCUGAAGAACUC